UUACUGGCUUGGAUAACAGGAUAUCAGGAUUUCUCAUGCACCUUAGGUCUCAAAUACCAAAAGGUCAAUAAUGUGAUGUAAUUCAUCAUUCAUGUUUUUGACUUAAAAUCUGUGGUUCAUUCAAACAAUUACUUUAUCCAUAUAAUUGCAAAAUGCACCUUAUGUUUGCUUAAAGGAAAAGCCUUAUUUAUCAGAAUAAGUAUGCCAUUUUCUAGCAAAGUCUUCAUGAUACAGCAGGGUUGAAAUUUAAGUCUUACUACUGGUCAUUGUGUGGAGGUAACUGCACAUCUGUCAGAAGUGAACUGGCUAUUAUAAUAGAGUGGUGAAUGGAUUCAAAGCUAAAAAGUUAAAUAGUGAAAUCUCAAGCUUAUCCAACAUGAUAAGCAUGAAUUUUAUCACAGCAACUUAUAAUGGGACUCAGUAGUGUGUAUGGCCCUGCUUGCUUGAAUGCACUCUCGAAAAUGUCUGGGCGUGCUCCUCCUGAGUCGAUGGAUGGUGUCCAGGGGGAUCUCCUCCCAGACCUGGAUCAGGGGAUCAGCGAGCUCCUGGACAGUCUGUGACAGUGCUUGGCAAUGUCGGAUGCAGCUAGGUGCUCAAUUGGAUUUAGGUCAAUGGCACCAGUGCCUUCGUCAUCCAGGAACUUCAUACACACUCUGGCCACGUGAGGCAAGGCAUUGUCCCGCACUAGAGGGGAACUCAGGGUUCACUGGCAAUAGCUCUGAGGAUUUCCUCCUGGUAGCUAACAGCAGUCAGUGUACUGUCGGCUAAGACAAGGCGGUCUGCGCAACCCUCCGAGGAUAUUCUUCCCCACAACUUCACUGACCCUACGGCAAACUGGUCAUGCUGGGUGAUGUUACAGGCAGCGUAACGUUCACCACGGCGUCUCCAGACACGUUCACACCUGUCACAUGUCCUCAGUGUGAACCUGCUCUCACCUGUGAAGAGAGCGGCGUGCCAAUGGCGGACCUGCCGGUUCUGGUUUUCUCUCGCAAAUGCCAGUCGAGGUGCACGCUGCUGGACUGUGAGCGCAGGUCCCGCUACAGGACAUCACCCCCUUGUGGAGUCUGUUUCUGACAGUUUGGUCGGAGACAUGCACACCAGUAACCUGCAGGAGGUCAUUCUGUAGGGAUCUGGCAGUGCUCCUUCUGUUCCUCCUUGCACAAAGGAGCAGAUACAGGUCCUGCUGCUGGUUUAAUGCCCAUCUACAUCCCUGUCCCUGUCUCCUGGCAGUUCCUACAUGCUCUUCACACUGUGCUGGGAGACACAGCAAACCUUCUUGCGAUGGCACGCACAGAUGUGCAAUCCUGCAGCAGCUGGACUACCUGUGCAACCUCACUGGGCUGCAGGUACUGCCUCAUGAUACCAAUAGUGACAAGAACACUAGGAGGAAUCAGUCAGGGAGGAUAAGGAGGGAGCAACUGUCUGUGGCCACCACAUGCAAAAUCAUUCCUCUUGCUUUUGCGUCUCCAUUGCACCUGUUGUCACUUUCACUUGCACCAUGGCAGGUGAAACUGAUUCACUAUCACUUGUGAUUCCUAAAUGGACAGCUUGAUAUCCCUUGAGUUCAACUGACUUGGGGUUAUCAUGUAGCAAUAAAGUGUUCCCUUCAUGUUUGUGAGUGCAUUUAACAGUAUAACUGAACUCGGGUCCGCAAAUACAAAGAUGGGUUCCACCUUUAGGGCGUCAUCAUCCAAUGUAUAGGCUACACUGUUUAUAUAGUAGCUACGUCUGAUUUAUCGACAGUCAAAAUAAAACAAUGAUUACAAACUGAAAGCCUAGCAAUUAACGUUAACUAGAAAUGCAAGGCGAAGCUAGGCGACACAUAUGCGGCGGCUAACUAGCCCGUUAGCUCACUAGAACGCCACGGUUCCUUCAACGGUUAUCGCAACAUUUUAAAAUGUGACAGGUCUCAUGAGCUUGAAAACUGCCCAGCGUUUCAUGUUGCAUAAAGCUAAAUGUUAGAUGCGACAUCGUGUUCGUCCUGUGAGUUUCUACCACCGAGAGCUUCGCGAAUGACUGAGCGCCGGCGGAGUAUGGGAUCCUUGGUGUCUUAAGAAGCGACUGAAGUGGGGUUUAACCGUUUUUGCAUGCAAAAACAAUGGCAAAUUCGACGGGGAAAAAUCUACUAGAUCAGCGAAGGAAAGGACAGGCUUUCCUGGACGAGCUGCGGCAAUUUCACCAAAGCAGAGGAUCGCCGUUCAAGAAGAUUCCUUUCGUGGGUGGGAAAGAGCUGGAUCUGAAUGCUCUCUAUAUCAGAGUCGUCUCUUUAGGUGGAUUUGCUAAGGUCUCUGACAAAAACCAAUGGAUUGAACUUGGAGAAGAGUUUAACUUUCCGAGGAGUUGUUCCAACGCUGCAUUUGCUUUAAAACAGUACUACCUUCGAUACUUGGAGAAGUAUGAGAAAGUCCACCACUUCGGCGAGGAUGAUGAAGAAGCGCAGCCGGGGAAUCCCAAAGCCUCUCUUCCAAUCGGUGCAAUUCCCAGCUCUUACAACUACCAGCAACACAGUGUAUCAGACUAUCUCCGCCAAAGCUAUGGACUAUCUACGGAUUUCGUUCCGCCGUGCGACUACAACAAACUGGUGCUGUCUCUCCUUUCGGGCCUACCCAACGAAGUGGACUUUGCUGUUAAUGUUUGCACUCUGCUAUCCAACGAGAGCAAGCACGCCAUGCAGCUGGACAAGGACCCCAAACUAGUCACAUUGCUGCUGGCCCACGCCGGCGUCUUCGAUGACUCGCUAGGCAGCUUCUCCGCUGUUUUCGGGGUGGACUGGAAGGAGAAAACCUCUCGGGACUUCAUCAGGUUCUGGAAAGAGGUGGUGGAGGACACUGAAGUCAGGGAGCUGAUCUGGGACAAGAGUGGCCCAGCACAAGGUAAACAAGAUGGUACGUCGUGUGAGGAGCGCUGGCAGAGCCUCUUCCACCCGCCACGGAACUCGGGUAUCAGUGACAUGGAGGCCCAGCGGGUGCUGCAGAUUGCCGUUAUCCUGCGAAACCUCUCCUUCGAGGAGGCCAACGUCAAGCUGCUGGCGGCCAACCGAACGUGCCUGCGCUUCCUUUUGCUCUGUGCCCACUGUAACCUCAUCUCACUCCGACAGCUUGGACUUGACACGUUGGGCAACGUGGCUGCCGAGCUCCAGCUGGAUCCGGUCGACUUUCGGACGACUCAUCUGAUCUUUCACACCAUCACCAAAUGCUUGAUGUCCAGGGACAGGUUUCUCAAAAUGAGAGCCAUGGAGAUCCUGGGCAACCUCAGCAAAGCAGAGGACAACGGUGUGCUGAUCUGCGAGUAUGUGGACCAGGAAUCUUACAGGGAGGUAACGAUGCUCCUCACCCUGCCUGACCUCAUGCUCCUCAUGGCCUCUUUGGAAGUUCUGUACCUCCUGGCCCAGCUCGGAGAGAUUCCCUGCAGCAAGAUUGCCUCUGUCGACCACAGCAUAGACCUGUUAGUUCGGUUAGUGUCGGUUGACCUUCACACGUUUGGACCCGACGCCCUAACAGCGGUGCGGCUGAUCGAGCAUCAGGCCAGCGCCGACCAGGCUGCCGAGGUUCGACCGCAGCUGGUGGAGCAGGUACCUGCAGCCGUGCAGGGAGCGCCGGCACCUGUAACAAGGGUUCCAGUUCAGUCCACUCAACCCCCACCUGGUAUUGUUGAACUAGAUGGGGAAAAAUUUACACUGCAAUGGCUUAACGCACACUUUGAGACAAACGCCGAGGGCACUGUGUCUCGAUCUGAAAUGUACUCCGAGUACCUGGCCACGUGCAGUAAAAUGGGACGAAGCAACAUCUUGAACUCCACUGGCUUCCUCAAAUGUCUGCGGACUGUGUUUCCCAACCACACGAUGCGACGGCAAGACGAGACCAAGGCCACGAGUCAGGUCCACAUUCUCCUGGUUGGGCUAAGGCGAAGGUCGAUCCCUCUGCCCAUCCAGCUGUACUACCAGCAGCCUCAGCAGCAGCAGAACACGGCAGCAGCUCCUCCACCUCCAGCAGCACGACACGAAACUCCUGGAGACCCUCAGGCCCCACCUCCAGGCUUACCUCCCGGGCAUCUCAGCGUUGGACCUCAGUUUGCUCGGGCCCCGGGCCCCAACACUGCUGGUGCCACCCCAUCCAUGGCCUUGACCUCACAGGAACCUCCCCAUGCAAGCCACCUGACUGUUUCCCGUCACCUAGCAACCCCGCAGGUGCCUCUGCAGUUACCACCAAAUCCUCUGGCAGCAGCGCAGCAGGUUCGACCUGGUCCAGUGGUCCAGAUUCCGACAUCAGCGGCUGCCACCCAGAACCACAACCCCCAGAACCCCGCCACUCCACCUGCAGUUCAGCAACAACAGCAACACUCCCCGAUGCUCCCAACGGGGACUCCUGUCACGCUUUUUCAGCCGGUACCACAGGGCCACAUCCUCACAGCCAGGGUACAAGGUGUGUGCCCUCCCAUCACGCAGCACCCACCCCUGCCCCAAACCCCUCCACUGUCUGGGCCUCAGGGUGGAGCUCCCCAGGCAGAGGCUCAGUCUGUUGCUAUGGCAUCCACACCCUCUUCUUCGAUCCAGUUGGGGGGAGGUCAGGCAUUGAGUGUCACGAGUGUGCCCAAUUCCCAGGGGUCCCGCGUCACAUUUCAGAAUAUCGCCCCCAAACCAGCGCCAAACCAGUCAGGUGGACCAGCAGCCACAAUAGCCACUCCCAACCAACAGCCUCAGCAGCAGCAGCAGCAGAGUGUCGUCAUAGUCGGUCCCAACCCCCAGCAGAGCCCAGCGUACACCCCUGCCAUACACCAGAUCGUUCUUGCCAACCCCUCCGCCAUUCCUGGUGCCCAGACUAUCCAGAUAGCAGGGCAGCCUGGAGCUGCUUCCAGCCCCUGCCCACCUCCUGCUUCUCACUCCAAUGCCCAGUCCAGUCAAACUGUCAGCCACGCACUGUCCAUGAAACGGCAUCAACAGCAGCAACAUCAACAGCAGCCACCGCUUCAAAUGCUUUCCCCAACUCCCCCCUCUCAGCCUACCUCCACCGAGUCCAGCUUGAUCAAACAGCUACUGCUUCCAAAGCGAGGGCCUUCUACUCCGGGAGGAAAGCUAAUCCUACCCGCUCCACAGGUGCCCCUUCCCAACAGCACGAUAGCCCCUAGUCCACAGGUCAUCUACCAGACAAGUUACAGCACCCAGAAUCCCUCUCAACAGCCCCAGCAGCUCAAUGUCCAGCUGGUUCCUGGUCAGCUUCCUGCUGCAGGAGCCCCAGCCCUCCAGACGGUCCAACUCUUGCCAGGCCAGCUAAUAUCCACAAGUAGCUCUGGGGCAGCUACGAUCAUCCAGGGUCCCGCGGCAGCGGGACAAGUCACAUUCACCGUGGUCCCUAACACUGGUUUCACCACCUCUACUGCUGCUGUGGCCGCUGUCAGCCAGGGUGCUGUGGCUCCUGGAGUUCCCCCUCCCCCAUUCUCUACUGGAACAGUUCCCCAUCAUGCCCCAGCAGCUCCACCACCACCAUCAUCACCACUGCCAGCUCCCCUCAGAGGAGACAAGAUCAUUUGUCAAAAGGAGGAGGAGGCCAAGGAUGCCACGGGGCUGCACAUACAUGAGAGGAAGAUAGAAGUGAUGGAGAACUCCUCUUUGGCAGAAGGAGACUCCUCCAAUGGCAAAACCAGUAACGGCGAUGUUGUGGCAGGUGCCAAGCUGCUAAAUGGUCGGAAGUGCAUGGAGUCUAAUCUACCUCCAUACCACUCAGGGAACAGCCAGGGGGCACUCAAUGGCCCGGCUACGGAGAGUCACCCUGCUAAUGGGAAGCAGGCCCUCUCCCCCGGCCUGAACACCCCACUGGAAGGCAAUCCCGACCCCAAAAAGACUCUAGUCAACGGCGUGUGUGACUUUGAUCGGGGUGAUAGUGGUGGCAACUUUAACAAAAACAUUCCAAAUCACAUUGCUUCCAAACAGUACUUGGGGAAUGGGGAAGUGGACCCCUCUGAGAAGAGUCACGGGCCAGACCCCCCUCUCCCCAGUCCUCCUCCCCCCCAGCAGGACACUGCCAAAGCCCAACAGGCUGAGCGCCUGGCCAAUGGACCCCAGGCAGUAGGCAACAAGCCUCCCUCGGAAUUAACCAAUGGACCUUUGGGGCUGGGCCAUGCUGUGCCUGUGCUUAGACAGCAACUGCUCCCCAACUCUACUCUCCCCUCCACUGUUACUCUUACCUCCCAGAGUCCUGCUGCCCCUCCUGCAAACGGAGUGGCCUCUGAGGCUCGAGGUCUCAAGAGACCAGCUGAGCACGAGGACCGCAGCACAGCUGCAGCGUCCUCGGGGAUCCCUAAUAAAGUGGGAGUGCGUAUCAUCACCAUCAGCGACCCCAACAACGCCGGCAGCAGUGCCACCAUGGUGGCGGUACCAGCAGGAACAGACCCAAGCACAGUAGCCAAAGUAGCAAUAGAGAACGCCACUCAGCAGAGGAACUGCUCACCCACACAGGCAGCUGGCUCUACGCCUACGAUUACCCCGUCCCCGCCCCCCGCUUCCCAGCCUUCGCCGGCGGGUAACCACAGCCCUCACCUCCCAGCACAGCAAACCCCCGCAGCAGCACCAGAGCAAAGCAGGAAAGCAGGGCAGAACUUCAAGUGUCUGUGGCAGUCCUGUAAACGGUGGUUUGAAACGCCGUCUCAGGUGUUUUACCACGCAGCAACGCAACAUGGUGGGAAAGGCGUGUAUGGAGGCCAUUGUCAGUGGGAGGGAUGUGAACCUUUUCCCCGGCAGAGACUGUCCUUUAUCACGCAUCUACAGGAUAAGCACUGUUCUCGAGAGGCUUUGCUGGCUGGACUCAAACUAGAGGAGCAGCAGGCGCAAAGUCCCAAUCAGUCUUCUUCCCAGACCCCGCCAGCGGCAGGCAGUACUCCGGCACAGCGAGCCCCGAAAGCAAUCGUGAAUCAUCCGAGCGCAGCUCUCAUGGCCCUACGCAGAGGCUCUCGAAACCUGGUCUUCAGGGACUUCACUGAUGAGAAAGAGGGACCAGUGACCAAACACAUACGACUAACUGCUGCCUUAACGUUAAAGAACAUCGCCAAGCACUCUGACUGUGGUCGCAUGUUGGUAAAGAGGCAUGAGACGCACCUCUCUGUGCUUGCGCUAAGUAACAUGGAGGUUUCCACCACGCUCGCCAAAUGCCUUUACGAACUGACGCGCUCGCUCCAGGCUUAACGCCAAAAGGAUAACCUCUCUAAAAAACCCUCUCAACCAACCACCCCCAGCCCUCUCCUGAGACGAGAGGAGGAAGCAGCCGGUGAGCCGUAGCGAGUCCGCCGGGGGGGGCGGGGAUAGCAGAGGGCGGGAACCGGAGCAGAGACCCUCAACCCCCUCUCAUCCCUCACCUCCUUCCUCACCAACCUGUGUUCAUACCCCCCCCUCCCCGUCCUCUCUCAACCCACACACACACACAAAAGAAAAAAAAAAAACUGCCACGGGGUCUUCCACCAGCUGCCCACGAGGGGGAGCUAUUUAAGACUGCUUCCCCGAGGGACUCAACC